AUGUCUGGCACUGCCGAGGAGGAGCUGGCAGCAGAGUCCAGCUUGCUCAAUUCCCAUCUUCUGCAUUUGUCAGAGGACUGGUCUGUUGGAAUAAGUGCAGCAAAGGCUGGUAUCUACCCAUCUGAGGAGCAGCACUGUGUAAACGAUCUGGGGUUCCUGGUGGACAAGCAGCUCACCCUGAGUGAACAGGAUGCUGCUGCAGCAAAGAAAGCCAACAGGAUGCUGGGCUGCAUCAACAAGGGCAUCACCAGCACAGAUAAAGAAUGGAAGCUCCUCAGGGCGCGCCUCCCUGGCCGCGAUGGCCGCACCGCGGGCUGCGAGCGGCCGGGCAGCACAUGCCCCGCUCCGCCCCUGAGCACCGUCCCGCCUGGGCGGGGCGGAACGAGCGGCGCGGACCCGCCGGAGCGCCUGGAGACGGCGCUGGCCUGCGGGGGCCGCUGCUUCCUAUCCCGCCGACGGUCCUCGAGUGCGCGCCCGGCCCUGCUUCCCGCGUGGGGCAGCGCCGACGGCGGGGCGGCGGCUCGGGGUGAGCGCUGCUCUGAGGGGCGAGAGGGGCAGGGGCGGCCCGGGGUUGUUGAAAGCACAUUUCUGGUGGAGUUAGUUUGCAGUGUCACUUAGAAGACUACUCUGCUUUAUUCGCAGGUGUCACGUUCUAAUUGGAUUAAUGGGAAGCCAAAGAAAUUGCAAUGUUCCUCUAAGAGUGCUUUUUCUAUUUGCUAUGAUAAGAGUUUCUUGAGUUUGUUAGUACCACCCCCUAAAGGGGGCACUUGCCAUCGCUGUGGUCUGUUUGGAAAGCUCAGAUGCUCACAGUGUCUGCAAACAUACUAUUGCUCUGCAGAUUGUCAGAAAAAAGACUGGCCAGCACAUAGAGUAGUUUGUGAUCCCCUUAAACAGAAUUUAAGUAAUAGCAAAACCAAGACAGGAGUUUAUCUUAAGGAGGAAGUGAGGUUGAGUUUUGCUGUAGAUGUUGUACUUCCAGAUUCUGAAGACUGCCUAGAUAAAGUUCCUUUAGAAAUGAAGUCUCAUUUAACUUCAGGAAGUGAUGCCAAAGUAGACUCUCCAGGAGUAUCAGAAAACCAUUCAAAGGGAGGUGAAAAAACCAUACUUGAGGAUGAAGACUCUUCUCACUGUGUUAAUUCGAUUACCAAGUUUGUCUCUUUAAGUAUUGGAGAUGAAUUUUCUGGUGUGGUUUCUCACAUUCAAAAUCCAGACACCUUUUUUUGUCAGCGGAUGCAAAGUGCCCGUCAACUUGCUGAGCUUGAAGUAUCUCUUAAUGAAUACUGUGGCAAAAUUCCCAGUAGUCCAUCUUUCCGUCCUGCUGCUGGCAACGUGUGCUGUGCCCAGUUCACAGAAGACAACCUUUGGUAUCGUGCUGCUGUUACAGCUUAUGCUUCUGAAGACACUGUUUUGGUGGACUAUAUGGAUUAUGGUAAUUCUGACUCUCUUCCACUGACCAGACUUCGUCCUAUAAUUCCAAGCUUAAUGGACUUGCCAGCUCAAGCCAUAAGAUGUAGCCUGGCAGGUGUAAAGCCACCAUUAGGAGCAUGGACCUCAGAAGGUAUUUCUUACAUGAAAAAACUGGUGAAAGACAAAGUGUUGAUAGUAAAAGUAGUGGAUAAAGAGAGUUCUAAAUCCGUGGUGGAGCUUACAGAUGCAUCAGGUACUCCAGUAAUAAAUGUAUCAAGCCUUCUCAUCGAGGAGGGCUUUGCAGCUGAGGAACUGAGCAUGGCCUUACCAGCAGCCAGAGGGAGUGAUGUUGAGCAAGCCAAGGAGGACUCAUCAAACAAAAGAAUGUGCAAGUGGAUUAAAUUAACUCUUAACCAAACACUCAAUGUCAUAGUAUGUACAGUGUACAAUCCUGGGGAAUUCUACUGUCAGAUUUCAAACAGCCAUGAGUUACUUGCUCUAAACUCACUUAACAAAUCAUUGUCUGAAUACUGUCAGAAAACACCACCAGAUGUUUUUGAGCCUGAGAGUGGAGACCCUUGCUGUGCUUUUUACUCUGAGGAUGGUAACUGGUACCGUGCUGUGGUGCAAAAUGUCACUUCAGAUGGAAGUGUUCGAGUGAGCUUUGUGGACUAUGGAAACACUGAGGAUGUACCACGGGAGAAUAUCCGGCAGAUCUCGUCCUCAUUCCUAAAACUUCCAUUUCAAGCAAUUAAAUGCUGGCUCUCAGGUAUAAAGCCUGGAAACAGCAAAUGGAAUCCAGAAGCUACAAGAAGAUUUCAUAUGUACACUUCAGGCUUAGAGCUUCAAGCCACAGUAACUUCCCUUUCUGAAGCUGGGGCAGGUGUAAUGCUUACUGAUAAUUCCACAGAUUGUCCAGCAAUUAUCAAUGAGAUACUAAGUUCAGAAAACCUGGUUGUAAAGGAAGUUCUACAAGAUAAAAAUAACUUUCCAAACACAUCUGUUGACCAAAAAGCAACCUCACUUGGGCACUGGAAGUCAAUUGAAUUGGCUGUAGAUGAAACCAUGUCUGUCUGUGUAACUGAAGUUGUAAGCCCAGACUUGUUCUAUGCUGUACCAGUUCCAAAUAAAGGUAAGAAAAGUCUCCUUAAGGAGCUGAUUUCACUGGAAGACUAUUGUAGAUCUUGCAACAAACAGCCCUUCCAACCAAAACUGGGUGAAGCCUGUUGUGCUCAGUUUUCAGGUAAUGGCAAUUGGUACAGAGCUGUUGUUCUGGAAGCUUCCCAGUCUGCAGUGAAAGUUCUCUAUGGAGACUAUGGCAACACAGAAACUUUACCCCUUUCAAAGGUGCUGCCAAUCACCGAUACCUAUUUAAAGCUGCCUUUUCAGACAAUUACAUGUUCACUUGCAGGAAUAGAGAAAGCUGAGUGGUCUCCAUUAGUGCUUGACAAGUUGAAAAAACUAUUAUUGAAGCAACAUGUUACAAUUACAGUGAAAGGGAUUAAUGGAAAUGUUAAUUUAGUAACAGUGGAGAAACACUUGGAUGAUGGUUAUGUGAAUGUAGCUGACAAACUGCUAAAGGAGGGCUUGGUCACAUCCUGCAGUGCUGAAAACUCACAUAGUGAACAUCAAGGUAAUGAAGGUGAGACCAACUGCUGCUGCAAGGAAUUAAAAGUGCAACUUGAAAAACAUAAACAAGUCCUACUCUUCCUUUUAAACAAGUUUGGGAAUCCAGAUGGAUUCACUGAUAUGAAAAAUCUGUUGAAGCACUAA